AUGCUCACUUUGGAUGCCGCUUCGCCUCCUCCGGUCCUCUACUCCUCUCUCCGCGCCUCCAAUCUCCGGGGACCAGGACUGCGCCACCUCUCCCAACUUCCCAUGGCGGCGCUGGCACGGCGACCACCCCCACAGCAGCUCCCGCGGCGCCGCGCUGCUACAAUCGGCACCCUCGGCGCCACUUCGCGGCGCGCCGUAACCGGGUUGCCUCGGCGAGGAGGCUUGACCUGUGCGCCAGCGCCUCACCUGCCGUCACCGCUCCCGACAUACCCGACGAAGCUGUCGCGCGAUGCUUCCAGUCUCGAAUGUUCAACCUGCAAGAAAUUCUACCCCAACAAGCAGGAUUACUGGGAUCUUACAGUGUCAGUUGGUUCCACAGAGUACUCGGAAUCCAUGCCCGCAGCAACAGAGUUGUUCAGGACUCCACUGGUAUCGUUUCUUUAUGAAAGAGGAUGGCGCCAAAAUUUCAUAUGGGGUGGUUUCCCAGGCCUAGAGAGAGAGUUUGAAAUGGCAAAAACUUAUUUGAAGCCAACAUUUGGAGGGACUAUUGUUGAUGCAAGUUGUGGAAGUGGCCUGUUCUCAAGAUUGUUUGUUAAGAGUGGAUUAUAUUCUCUUGUUGUGGCACUGGAUUUCUCAGAGAAUAUGUUGAAGCAGUGCAACGAAUGCAUCAAGCAGGAAAACAUUUCAGAUGAAUAUGCCUUUGAUCAUUAG